UCUUUUUGGCAGUAUUCCAUGUGGAGCGGAUCGUGGCCUCAUCCCUUUCGUUGAGGAAAUUCUCCAAGAUCCUCUGGCUCUCCGACUUUGUCGACGGCUCUCUUUGACCGGAUGAACUCGCCUGGGAGAAUGACAGCCGCCAUCAUACGCGUUACCUGGUGGAGGAAGUACGGACUGCUCAUUGGAAUCUCAUUUUAUCCGUCGUCUGCUUUAAUUUAACGAUUUAACCUUUAACGCAUGUUUAACGCAUGCAGUUUGUUGCUGAAAAUGGCAGUGACCUUCAAGUCCAACUCCGCUAUUGCAUGCGCACCGUGGCCGUAGCGAAAGGUAUUAGUUCGCUGAUGUGCCUCAAGCCACCCGUUAGUCCAAAAAGAAACAGGCUAUUGUUUACCUUUUCUGUUUUAAUUUUUUCCAAAAGAUUGUGCAAUCAAAUCUACAAAUAACAAGGUCAAGUUACAGUUUUGGAAAUCAUUUAAUCUUUUGUUUUGUUUUUUCAAUCACAAUUUUCAUUAGUUGACAUGUGUAACUAAUAAUCUAUAUGUGAUCGAUUUCUGAUAACCCAGCCAUCGCCGAGCAAAUGAGGUGUUGAUUUCAAGGUCCAUGGUCAUCGUCCGGAAGGAUUAGUCCCUGAACUUGAACCCUCAGGACACCUCAUUUGUAGAGGAUGAGUAGGCCGUAUUCCGGGAAAUCGGAUGUGGCUGACGCUCUCUGGAUCAAGGGCAUCUUCUUGCACCCAAUGGCUGUUCAACUGUUACGCCAAACCUUUAUAAUGGAAUGUGAAGUGAUCUCGUCUCAAUUUCAAGAUGCCUUGGCCAACAUCUUCUCCGUCCAAUGCUGUCGAAGUCGUUUUCUGCCGUACCAAGUGCGACAAAAUGGCCGUCAUUCACCAGAAUUAUUAUUUCCACCACAAUCGCAAAUACAAGGGAGGUGAUUACUGGUGCUGUGCUCAACGUGGGUGCAAAGUCCGUCUCAUCAGCAGCCGUGUCAAUCAUGAAUCCGGUCGGAUGGAGUUUUCGCGUCGCAACCAGGCCAUUCAACAUGAGCACGAGCCGAACGCACCCAAUCUGAUCGAGAAAGAAUUCCGUCGCCAGUUGGUCACUCAGUUCGAUCGAGUCACAGCCAAUAAAUCGGGAUCGCCUCAAUCAGCUACUCCUGUUUCCGUUCGUCUAGUCUACGAUGAGCUGCGCAGUCAGGCCAUCAAACGCGGCGUUCCGGAAUCUCUGAUUCCGUCUUAUUGGAAUAUUCGCAGCACCAUGUACCGUAUCCGUCGCAAGCGGGUGUUACUUCACGUUCCGUCAAGUAAUUCGGGUUCGGAAAGAAGAGAAACUAAUGAAACUUCUGCUGGAGAAGGAUCUGCAAGAUCCGGGACUUCUGAUCCAGAAUCCCCGAUCUCAUCGACGAUGGGUGAGCCAUCGACUAGUCCAGUGCAAUCGGAACCAUUGUCUCUGGUGACUUGGAAAAAUAACGCCCUGGAACAACAGCUUGUUGUCCGUCGCGAUCUCGUUCAUCCGACUACUUCGGUUCCAAUCCUGUAUCAAUCUCUUCAGACGAGCGGUUCGCCGUCAACUGCACCCAUCAAUCCACAACUGCCAACCCAGUUUGAAGCUUCACCCAUGAUCACUCCAAUUCCGCCAAUUGAUCCAAAUCUUCUUCGUUUUUCCAGUCAUUUUUUCCCGAGCUACUCCCAAUCUCCCACUCUUGCUCCCUCGUUUCCUUACCAAUCACCGGAAAUUAUGCGGUUUUAUGCUGCUAUGCAUGCCGAAUAUUUACGCUCGUUAUUUGCUCUCGGCUGCCAUCCUCGUAUGUAAUGGCCUUUAAUUGAUUUCUGCUCUUUCUUAUUGACGUUUUGCAAUGACCAAAAAUUGACGAUGAACGACUCGUUCGGAACGUUUCAUCUUAAUUGAAUACAUCCCGAUCAACAGCACGUUGCCAUGGUAAUUUAGCAUUUCUCGAACAGUAUAAGUUGAUGGCUGUGGUUACUAGUUCCGAUGCAGCUAUGGUACAGCUUAAGAAUCGGUUCAACAGUUCCGCAGCUGGGCUUCAUCGACUAUUGUGCUUUUUAGGUCUUGAUCCUGCUCCUGAAUCCAAAUGUAAGACAAACAUUUGGGGAUGGCUUUGCUUUCUGGUAAUGUCGCAAGCCGGCCUUUUCGUGUUCCUCGUGAGGUCCGCUCCUCACUUGAAAGGUUUCCUUAUAAACGUGCUUGCCACUCUUCCGUUGUUAGACCGUUCCAUCCGCUUGUUCAGCGUCAGUUUCAUACAUUUGAUCUUGCUUUUGAAAUUGGGUCGAAUCUUGUACUCAAAACAGCUGAGUACCCAGUUUGGAAUCUUAUCUCCAACUCUAUGACGUCCUCUAUCAUCAGCACUCCUUAUAGACGAAGUGAAUUCGAAACGAGUCGAUGUAUUGUCGUACUUUUGUAGCGUGUGCGUAUAUUGUUAUUUUCUUAAUUUAACUGUACUACUUCAUAAUUUA